AUGUCCGAAAAUCGAGCUGAACUCUUCGAAGAGGUGCGCCUCUACCGAACGGCCCGAGAGCGCGAGCACUACGACAGCAUGGCCGACCUCUACUCGGUGAUCAACACGCUGAACUGCCUGGAGAAGGCGUACAUCAAGGACUCGGUGACGGCGAAGGAGUACACGGCCGCCUGCUCGAAGCUGCUGGUCCAGUACAAUGUCGCCUUCAGUCAGGUGAAGUCGGAUGAGUUUCCCACCAUCGAGUCCUUCAUGAACAAGUUCUGCUUCGAGUGUACGGCGGCGCUGAAGCGAAUCCACGACGGACGGCCGAUCACCAUCAAGGACGACAAGGGCAACGCCCAGAAGUGCAUCGCCGACAUUGUGUCGCUCUUUAUCACCAUCACCGAUCGCCUCCGGUUGGACAUCAAAUCAAUGGACGAGCUUCAACCUGACCUUCGAGAUCUCUACGAGACGAUGAACCGCCUGACGCUGGUGCCGCAAAACUUUGACGGAAAGAUGAAAAUUAAAGAGUGGCUAGACACCUUCAGCUCGAUGGCCGCCAGUGACGAACUGAACGAGUCACAAGUUCGUCAGCUCAUAUUUGAUCUAGAGCAGUCGUACAACUCCUUCAACAAGUUACUGCACAACUCCUAG